AGGCACACCAUGUCUGCAGAAGACCUAUCUCUCAGUUGUGCCAUUUGAUAGUUCUUGCUUGUUUUCACAAUUUCAGUGUGUUCUGUUUGAGAGAAACCCCUGAUGUACUGUUUCUGUAGGGAGGGGGUCAUUUUCUGUGUUUUUUGUUGUGGUUGGCCAGCUUUGUUUCUUCUUGUAAUCGAGCAACAUUUUUCUUCUCAUGCUAAUGCUAAUGAUUUCUGCUGAUUAAGUGGAUUAAAUACUUGUUGUGUAAUUGAUAGUAAUUAUACAAGUAUUAUGUAAAUUUGGGGUCUAGAACUUUUCACAAAAAUUGCUCUAUUGUAUUAGCAAUAAUCAGAGAAUUGCAUCUCAUUUUUGUCUGUUUCAAUGGGUCUGCUUAAGAAAGCACAGCAAGUGUUUUUAAUUUGUAGCAUAUGAACAAAAUGUUAAAGCUAAAGUUAAAGCUACGAUUUACUGAAAACAAGGGUAAUGUUCAGACUGUAGCAUAGUUCCAGGCUGCCCUAAUGCUGAUGGGUUAAUAGCUUAAGCUUGCUAACCUGACAGUGUCCUGGUUUUUGGGUUGUAAGAAUUACUUUGAAUUCGUUGUCCUGGUUUUGUUGGGGAAGUGAGCGCUUUGUGUGUUCUAAAUCAGCAUUCUGACUAACCUGACAGUUAGGUAUAACACAGUGCUUGUUUUGUUCAGCCCUGUGAACAACUCUGUCAAGCUAAGUGACAGUGCAGUCUGCAACAGUCAACUACUUCUCAUAUCACUUAGGGGAAACAGUUCAUAUAUCGGGAUAUAGAAACCACAACUGCUCAAAAACGCUAAAUGAAUAAUGUAGGCCUAAUGUACUGCAAUAUUUGGUUUUACCACAGAUGUUCAGGAGUUGACCUGUUUUUUUUACUCGUGAAUGACCAAUGAACCAAGUUAACCUACCAUCAGCCAUCACUUUGUAUGCUGGUGUCUUCAUGUUAAGCAUGUAGUUCAAGUGUACUCUCUUUCAGGAGUGAGGUUAGAAUCACGUGUAUCCUUGCUGUGACCUAGCUAGGUACUGUGACUUUUAAUCUCCUGAGCUUUCUGCCCCCACUGUCACAAACAAUCACUAUCUACCAUCACAGCACAGACACACACCAUCACAAACACUGUUUGCAACUUACAACACCAUCUAAGUACAAGGGUGAGUGUGUUAUUACAGAUAACACCUGGUUUCUUGGAUGCAGACACAAGAAAUGUGGACAAAAUUAAAUAACAGCAUAAUUAAGGGACUUCACAAGCAAUCAGGUGUACUGGAAGUAACCAUAUUAUAAACCCACAUAGUCCCAUUCCAGUCUGUUUCAGUUCUGUAAACACAUACAUUCAGAAACUGGUCAUCCUGGCUUUGCUCUGGAGAUAGGCGUAUAGGUUCCCCCCCAAAUGGAUAAAAUCAAAAUGUCCCUUAGUCAUACAUUCAGUUUGAUUUUCAAAUGUUUUAUAUAAACCAUAAAGCACCAGUACCAAUGUUCUGAAACACAGAACAGAAUCAGUAAGAGGCAGAGGAUAAAUUAAUGCAUUGUGAAUUAGUGAAAAGAAAAUAUGAAUGAGGAAGAGUGAGACACAUCUUGGGAAGGAGAUAGAAAGAAAUGGUUGGGAAAACAGUUAUUUCAUAAUUCAAUCACCUGGCUAUUGAAGAAGAAUGACACUAUGGCUGAACUUGUCUGGAAGGAUAUUUCAUAUUGCAGGUCAGGUCAGGUCAGUAAUAUAACAGCUCUUUGGAUAGGUGAGGGCUGUUCUGUGAGAGACUGUCUAGAACAGGAGGAGCAUGGUUCACUAUAAGGUUACAAUAAAACCACACCGCCCCUUUUCUUUAGGGACAAGUGUCUAAUCUGAGAUAUUUAAAUCUUGCCUCAAUGACGUCAGUGUGACUCAGUGUGCUGCAUUGGCGGUGUCCUCGUCCGAGUGUAUAAAAGUCGUUGGUUCGUAGAACACAUAAGCAAAUCUUUGCUCCCUUGAAUUCCUAUACAUAGGUUCAGAAGACCAAGAAUCUAGUCCAAGAAUCCUGGGAGAGAAUGCCCUUUGGCGUGGGCCGUCCAAGGAAACUGAUAUAUUCAAAGCUUUUUGAAGAUAAAAGAAGAUGAAAGAUGCCAUUUCUGAGUACAACAUUACUUUGUAUUUGAGGACACAGAACCUGGCUCCUGCAGUGCCAUUCUUGCAUUAUGUGCCAAUGCCUAAUGCUGAAAUCAUUGUGCCUCUUUCCCAGGUGUUGUGACACCAAAUGUGCUGGUAUUUUGGUGUCAGUGUCUUGCCAGACAUUUCGCUUGGUUUCUGAUAGAUUCUUUGGUUAUUGUACUGUGAUGUGUCCCCAUGGAGAUGGUGUGUUUUCUAUUAGUGAUGUGGAGAGUGUGCAGAUGAUGGAUUGAGAGCUCCAUGACCAUGUCGGGGCCCAUGAGAAAAAACAAUCAGCCUUGGAAAAGGGAUAACUCUUGAUCUUACUAUCAAAAAUGUCAAAUGUUUAUAAAAAUCGAAUACAGUGUUUGUCCUGAAGGGUUAAACAUCAGAUGUCCAGUCUAUAAUCCAGACCAGCACACACACAUGUGUAUACACAUGCCCACACCCCCACCCACACUGCCCUGAACUGAGCUUAAGACUCUCACACACACCUUUGCUGAGCUGUGGAAAGAGCACAGGCAACUGUUCUAACAGGGAGAAAAAAGGCCAAGGCGAUCUGGGAGUCGAUCGAGCUCUAAGGCAAGCGGCUCCACUUCCGGGGCAGGGCUGAACAGUGUUCCCCGCACGUCUGCCACUCCCUCUGCUCAGGACGUUUGCAGCUCUGUCGCUCUGGCCAAGCUUGAGGAGGAUGGUGCAGCACAGAACACACCCGUCAUGCCCAUAAGCCCGGCCUUGGAGUCCGCCCCCUCGGGGAAGCGGCAGGUGAAGCGCCGUCACCGGCGGCGACGUGAGAGCGUGGGUGUGGCCUGUGUGACGGACUGCGUCGAGGGCCAGAAGGGAGAGCGGGAGAAGGAGAAGGAGCAUUCGAGACGCGUGCGCACACACACUGACUCGUCCGAGGAGGAUGAGCAGCGCUGGAGGGAGUCUCGCUCCUGGAGCCGGGAGAAGGCCCGGAGACGCCGCAGCAGCAGCCGGCAAACUCAGCCGCAGGAGACGCGUGGGGCCGCGGACGCGGCAGAGCUGCUGUCGGUGGGGUCGGACGAGAUGGGGAAGGAGAACCGCGCACCUGAGCCAGCCCCCACCAAGAGCUCCAAGAAAUCAUCCUCCCUGAAGAGGGAGGAGAGGAGCAGCAAGGUAGACAUUCAGAGACGAGCCAGUGGUAGGGAGGGGCGGGCUAGCGAGGAGGAGCAGCCAAUCAGGAAGAGCUAUGAGGAGGAUGCCGAGAGGGGUGACAACCUGGCUGUUCCUAUUGGGCAAAAACCCAUCAUCCCCACCGAACCCAAUGGGAUAAUACAAACAAAAGUACAGACCAAUACACUUUUAUCUGAUGAGGAGCUGGAGGUCUGCAGGAUUUGUCACUGUGAGGGAGACGACGAGUGUCCACUCAUCACCCCGUGCCGCUGUGACGGGAGUAUGCGCUUUGUGCACGAGGACUGCCUCCACCAGUGGAUCAAGAGCUCCGACACACGCUGCUGUGAGCUCUGCAACUACCAGUUCCUCAUGGAGACACACCUCAAGCCUUUGCGAAAGUGGGAGAAGCUGCAAAUGUCCACCGGUGAGCGCAGGAAGAUCCUCUGCGCUGUGACCUUUCACCUCAUCGCUGUAGCAUGUGUGGUGUGGUCACUCUUCGUGCUCAUUGAACGCACGUCAGUGGAGCUAAAGAUGGGCAUUAACCAUGUUGCGGAGAUGAAGUUCUCUCCUUUCAAUGCCUCAGGUGUGGUGGAGUGGCCCUUUUGGACCAAGCUUAUCGUGGUGUCUAUUGGCCUCACGGGCGGCAUCAUCUUCAUGUACAUCCAGUGCACAGUCUACCUGCAGCUCUGGAGACGCCUCAAGGCUUUCAACCGCAUCAUCUUCGUGAAGAACUGCCCCGACACCGCCAGGACCACUGAUGAGAUCAAAUCCACUGCAGCCACUCAUACCAAUGGCCGGCACGAGUCAGUCGAGAUGUGCCCUUUACCUGCCCAGGCCCACACUCCCGGUCCCACUCACGGAGGCGGUGCGGGUGUGACUCCUGUGUGAUAGAUAGGUUGAUAAGCCUAUCGGGGUGUGAGGCUGUGGUGUAUCUACCCCUCCAGAUGACUGAUGGGUGAGAGGUUAAAAGAAGUAUAACGCUUGCUUUCAAAUUACAACAAACCCAAGGUUGUUGGUCUACAGAACUAAUGUGAAAAGGAGAGGAGAAAGAAGCCAUACCCAAACAGACUGGGUAAUAUGUACUGAUCCAGUGUUGUGAGGGCUCACCAACACCAAAAUGUCAAAUGUUUUAGAUAAUGAAUGAUGUGUGGAGUUAUAAGUUUCAGACUAGCCAAAUCUAUGUCAUUCACUUCGCAGGACAUUACAAGAUGCAUCAGUAUGCCACAUUAAGCAUUAUUUUCCCCUUAAUUUUGCAUUGGGUCUGGAUGUAACUGAAGAAGCUUGAAGACUGCUACUGUAUGUGGGUAUUGAGUGUGUUCAGGCCUUUGGGUCCCCAUGGUAGGCAGAACUUUGGUGCUUUCUCUCUCCCCUCCCUGGGUCUGUCAGUUGUUCUCACCACCUUACGGUCAUUGGAAGAGUGAUCCUAACAGCUUCUGAGAUCAUACACAACAAACAGCAAAACAAACUGAGAACUAUACAAUAACAGAACUUAAAAAAUAUGUUUUAGUGAAGGACAACCUCAAAAGAAGCAAAUCUAGCAAGACAACCAGGUCCUUUUUUAGAGCAAAUUUAUUUUCCUUAAUAAACAGUAGUAACCACUUCAAUUUUU